AUGCAUGUUGGCCCCCGGCCAGGGGCCGAUGAGUCGGGCGAGACCACCCCGGGAGUCCUCGUGGUAACGCCACUGCGCCUGGAGGACGGGUCCACGGUCAUGGUCAACCGCGGGCACCUGCCGGCCCACCGCCUGGACCGUGCCACCCGUCCUGAAGUGCCCACAUGGGUCCGAGUGCGGGGAGUCCUCGAGGAGGGUGAAAUCCCGAAUUUGAUCGGGAGGUAUGCUCGAGUCAAGAACCGGCCUGACAAGAACCAGUUCCUCUACCUCAUCGCCCCGGAGUUGGCCGAGAACGCCAAUGCCCGGAACCACGAAGAGUGCAGCCAGGCUCUGGUGACGGCCAUUGACGUUCUCUACGAGGAGCCUGCAUUUGCCUUGAAGCCUUCGAGCUCGGCAGCAGAUUGGGCCAUGAACCGCAACAAGGCUCUUCUCGAUGCUCUCAUGGGCUUCUCGGCGUGCGCCAACCGCGAUGCUUCCAAAAAGGAUAAGCUCAACAGUGAGCCUGAGUUCAAGAAGGACGAUUACUGCAAGUUCUUCCUUGUCGGGUACUGCCCGGGGAAAACGUUGGGCCGAGAAGUGGAGAGCCUCCGGGCGGAGUUUGACCCCAAGAGCGUGAUCCCUCCUUGUAACAAGCUCCAUUCCAUCGGAGUCAGAGAGGAGUUCAAAGCGCACAAAGACUAUCAGAAGUAUAAACGUAGAUAUGAGGAUGAUCUCCUCCAUCUUAUCGACAAAGGCAUCAGAGAAGUUGAGGACAAGGUGGCACGAGAAAAGCGCAGGCAUACUGAAGGCAUCGCAGUCAUGACGGACCAGGACCGGCUCUGCGAGAUCUGUGGCCUGAAGUACAAGCUCCGCUUUGCGGACAUCAACGUUCGAGAAACCGAGGGAGGGAAGUACAAGCCCGACAUCCAUCCGGAGUCCGAUUACCACAAAAAUUAUGUCAAGCUGCGAGAAAAGCAGAUUGAGUACGAAAAAAUCAUCAAGGCCCGGUCGGAUGGAGAUGACAAAGCGGGAGACAAGGAGUCAUGCCAGGCGAGUUGUCUUGAAAGGACGAGAAAGACAGACACCGAAAUCGGGACAACGGUGGACGCAGCGGCUCUCGCCGCCCUCGCGACGAUGACCGUCGCCGCGACCGGGACGAUGACGAUCGUCGAGACCGCGGUCGCGACAAGGACGAAGACGGUCGCGACCGCAAUGGAGAACGAGACCGUCGAGACCGUGGUCGUGACCGCGAUGAUGACCGCGAUCGCCGCAGCAGAAGAAGGAGCCGUGAUGCUCGGGAUGAUGAUCGAGACAGGCCAUAUCUGCUGCACACUUGUGUCGGAGUUCUGCAGGCGUCGCAGAAGUGCGGACGGGGACAGGGCCUUUCUUAGUUUGCAAGUGUCAGAGAUGCAGAAAACAUGUCGCACAGACUGCAAAGUGAACUCCUCGGUGCACAUGCAAGUGAAGCUGAGUUUGGAGAAAUCCCAUAGUGAUGCUCAGAAACUGGCACUGGAAAUGGAUGAUUUCCGGGCCGGCUUCCGCCGGCAGCUGCCAUACACGAUGAAGCACAAGGAG